AUGGUGGGAGGAAAUGGUGUGUUCUAUCCAAUUCUGGGUUUUGCAGCGUUUGUGCUUUUCAUUUAUAUGUCUUUUGGAGGCUUAAGGUUCAGUUUUGAUGAAGAGCCAGAAUUGACUUUUGUGGAGAGAAAAGGGACGCAGUUUAUGUUGAACGGAAAAGCGUUCUAUGUAAACGGGUGGAACUCUUACUGGUUAAUGGUGCAAUCGGUGGAUGUUGAUUCGAGAUACAAGGUGCGUGAAAUGCUGAAAACUGGUGCCAAGAUGGGUCUCACAGUUUGUCGAACUUGGGCAUUCAAUGAUGGUGACUACAAUGCCCUUCAAACUUCCCCUGGUCGCUUCGAUGAACAAGCUUUCAAGGCAUUGGAUUAUGUCAUAGCAGAAGCAAGGCGAAAUGGAAUUAGGCUGCUCUUUAGCUUAGUAAAUAACUUGCAAGCAUAUGGUGGGAAGACUCAGUAUGUCAAAUGGGCUUGGCAAGAAGGGGUAGGGUUAAGCUCGUCCAAUGAUUCUUUCUUUUUUGAUCCAUCAAUCCGUAGUUAUUUCAAGAAUUACAUCAAGACUGUCUUAACAAGGAAAAAUACUAUCACCGGAGUUGAAUAUAGAAAUGACCCCACCAUUUUUGGUUGGGAAUUGAUUAAUGAACCUCGUUGCAUGUCUGAUCCUUCUGGUGACACACUCCAAGGGUGGAUAGAAGAAAUGUCAAAUUUUGUCAAAUUGAUUGACAAGAACCAUCUGGUAACUAUUGGGCUUGAAGGUUUUUAUGGUCCCAAUGACCCAAAAAGUUCGACUGUCAACCCUGAGUAUUGGGCAUCCAGACUUGGGUCUGAUUUUAUUCGGAACUCUAAAGUCUCGAAUAUUGAUUUCACCUCUGUUCAUAUCUAUCCUGACCAUUGGUUUCAUGAGCAAGCAAUUGAAGAUCAACUGAAAUUUGUCUCCAAGUGGAUGCUUUCCCACAUUGAAGAUGGGGACAAAGUAUUGAUGAAGCCUGUCUUGUUCUCUGAAUAUGGAUUUUCAGAUAUGAAUCAGAACUUUUCUUUAUCUGACCGAGAAAAGAUGCAUAAAACUGUUUUAGACAUAAUAUACAAAUCUGCUAAGAAAAAUAGGUCAGGAGCAGGUGCUUUAGUUUGGCAAUUCUUAGUUGGAGGAAUGAAGGAGUUUUCUGAUGAAUAUGGGAUAGUCCCAUGGGAAAGUUCAUCAUCUACCAAUUCACUAUUUAUUAAACAGUCUUGCAGAUUGGCCAAUAUGAAGGGGUGGACUCAACAGGAUGCAAGUUUCAAAGAACUUUGUUAG